UAAAAAUUUUGAGUUUGUAUAGUCAUCUCUUACUACCACCAUCUAAUGAACUUUACGGAAUCCGAAACUUUCUCUCUAGGCAGGCUUAGAGACACACUCAUUCGCCUGGAGGACACCAUUAUCUUCGCUCUGAUUGAACGUGCUCAAUUUCAUCUAAAUGAGUCAAUCUAUCACAAAAACGCUCUCCAAUUCAACGGAGCUACCGGAGAUCGUAGCUUCCUCGAGUAUUUCCUUUGGGAGACCGAGAAAGUUCAUGCCAAAGUCCGACGCUACUCAAGUCCUGAUGAAUACGCAUUUACAUCCCCCCUGCCUGACCCCAUCCUGCCACCGCUGCAAUACCCCGAGUUUCUAGCUCCCAACAAGGUUAAUAUUAAUGACAAGAUUAUGGAUGUCUAUGUCCACCACCUCGUCAAUUCCAUCUGUCCGCCAGGAGACGACAGCAACUAUGGUAGUGCCGCCACUAAGGAUAUCGAGUGCUUGCAAGCAUUGAGUCGCCGUAUACAUUACGGCAAAUUCAUUGCUGAAUCAAAGUUCCGUUCCAAUCCUGAAGAAUACACUCGUUUGGCACUUGCUAAUGAUACGAAAGGAAUUGACGAGCUGUUGACUAACAAGGAAGUCGAGAUCAAACUACUUCAGCGUUUGCGUCGGAAGGCUUUGGUGUACGGUCAAACAUUGGAUCAAGAAGAUGCUGGUACUAGCACUCACCUUAAGAUCCCUGUGGAUGCGGUGGUUGACUUGUAUGAACGAUGGGUCAUCCCCUUGACCAAAGUCGUCGAAAUAGAGUAUCUGUUAGAACGUGGUCUUGCAUGGCAUGCCCAACGCCAAGUCCAAAGUGAAAACCAGAAAUAAAACAUUUAUCAUGUACUCCUUUACCCAAAUGACACUC